AUGGAUCCUUCUCUCUCUGUAACCAGUGAUCCGCACCAUCCUCCUCCGUUCACCUCUUUUCCUCCCUUCACCAACCCCAACCCCUACGCUGCUGCUAACCACCCCUUCUAUGGCGGCGCGCCGCCUAACAACAACCAGUUCUAUCAAGUGCCGCCGAAUCCAGCUCCCGUCGCUCCUCCGAAUCCAUCUUUCGUCCACCCUCCUUACUCCGACAUGAUCUGCACAGCGAUUGCUGCGUUGAACGAGCCAGACGGCUCAAGCAAGCAAGCAAUUUCGAGGUACAUCGAGAGGAUUUACACUGGGAUACCUCCUGCUCACGGCGCUUUGCUUACUCACCAUCUCCGGACUCUGAAAGCCAAUGGAAUUCUUACUAUGGUGAAGAAAUCCUACAAAUUCGCAGCUACACCUCCUCCGACGAGCGUAGCCGUUGCUGCUGCAGCUGCAUCUGGAGCUCCUGGUUUCGAACCUCCCAGAUCUGAUUUCAUGAGUAACCCAGUCAACGAGCACCAGCCUUUACCCGAUCCGGCGGUGAGUGCGACUCCUCUAACUCAGAAGCGUGGCCGUGGACGACCUCCGAAACCAAAACCCGACGUCCAAGUUCAACACAUCGAUGUUUCCCAGGCUAACGGGAAACCCACUUGGGAGCAGAACGAAUUAACCAUUUCUCGACCGGAAGAAGUGAUACAGGCACAGCCUCAGCCGCCGGUUAAGAGACCACCGGGACGUCCUAGGAAAGACGGAGCUUUACCUACGGUUAAGGCUGCUUCUUCUUCUUCCGGUGGUGUGGAAAUCGCGAAACGAAGAGGUCGGCCUCCGAGUGGAAGAGCUGCAGGGAGGGAGAGGAAGCCAGCGGUCGUCUCAGCUCCGGUUUCGGUGUACCCGUAUGUUGCUAACGGUGGUGUCAGACGCAGAGGAAGACCAAGGAGAGUUGAUGCAGGUGCCUCCUCUGUUCCAGCAGCAGCAGCGCCCCCACCACCUAACGCAGCGAUUGGAGGAGAGUUGGUCGUGGUUGCGAAGAGAGGACGAGGACGGCCUCCUAAGGUCGGAGGUGUUAUCAGGAAGCCUCUGAAGCGAGGCUAUUUCCGUACUGGAAGACCCGUUGGUAGACCCAGAAAGAAUGCCGUGUCAAAGGGACCUUCUGGACAACAAGCUAUUGGCUAUGGUGAACUCAAGAAGAAGUUUGAGUUGUUUCAAGAGAAGGCUAAGAGAGUUGUUGAUGUGUUAAAAGCUGAGAUGGUAGGAAAAGAAAACCAAGCAGUGGCUCAAGCCAUACAGGACCUGGAAGAGCUAACAGUAACAACAAUGGAGACAACAGAGGAGCCACAGCAGCACAUGGUAGCAGUGCAGCCAGAUGAACACCACCCUGAAGCUGAACCGGAGGCUAUGCAAGAAGCUCACCACCCUGAAACUGAACCCGAGGGACAUGGACAAUCGCAGACGGAAGCAGAGGCUAUGCAAGAAGCUCUGUUCUAA